CGACCAACCCUACAUUAAGGCUGCAUGCAUUCUAACCUCACAGAUAUCACCCCCGCGUCAGCCUUAUCAACUUCACCACAUCCAUCCAUCAUUUUCGCUGCCGUUCACAUAGGCGCCAACCCGCCUCGAUCCGGCUUCUUUAGUACGGUCACCUUACACAACCCGACUUGCCCGACCGUCGUUCCCCUCGUCUCAUAAUUGAAUUCGCACUCUGGCUUUCCGCGCAAUUCGAGCAACUGGCCUAGCUAUUGGCCUAGGACUCACUGCCCUUGCCGCUUAUCGACAGUCUAGGCAAGGCCAGAUGGCGUCUAGAAACACCCAUCUCGACGCGACUGUCGGGAGAGAAGUAGUAUUUUGCCAUAACUGCCGACAUGAAUGGUACCGGGAUGAGCGCCCAGAUGCUUUAGAUUGUCCUAGGUGCCGGAGUGAUAUUAUAGAGAUAGUUGAAGUCGAACAUGACCCCCGAAUUAUGGACGAUGACCGUUCGUUGCCAGAUUUAGAUCAUCUUCGACUUCGCCAUCACCAUCACCGCACCCUCGACUCCGACGAUGAAGAUGACGAUGACUUAGAGGAGAACAUAUUACAUGGCCCUGGUGGCUUUUUUAGCCAUCGAACUAUAUACCGAUCACCUGAGCGCCAAAGUACAGGAAAUGGAUCGCGCGCAGCUCCCGAGAAUACCGAGCAGAUAAUCCGUACAUUCACCGAAUUAUUAGGAAAUAUAGGAGGACCUAACAUGCGAUCUGGCCCAGAUACCGUAUUCUCUAGCCCUCCUCAACGAGUCACUUUUCAAAGGAUAUCUGGUCCUGGCUUUCAAGGUGGCAUGAGUAGCAUUACCUUCAGCAGUACUUCUGCGCGAAAUCGUGCUGAUCCGGGCCAAGGAGGCAUAAUGGGUCGCGAUGAUCCAUUUCGAAGAGUUUUUGGAGACAUUAUGGGAGACAUGGGUCCUCCAACCGUGGAUCGCGAUGAUCCUAAUUCUACGAAUCAGAAUGGUGAUGGUAAUGGCAAUGUCCGCCCACAGGCGGAUUUCUCUUUAGCCUUGAGCCAACUAAUAGCAAGUCUCAUUAACCCCCAAAUGGUCCAUGGUGACGCUGUUUACUCGCAAGAGGCGCUGGAUCGUAUUAUUACAAAUUUAAUGGACUCAAAUCCUCAGUCAAAUGCACCAGCCCCUGCCUCAGAUGAAUCUAUUGCAGGGUUACCGAGGAAAAAGCUGGAUGAGGCAAUGCUAGGGCCUGAGUUAAAGGGUGAAUGUACGAUCUGUAUCGACGAGAUGACGGUGGGCGACGAGGCAGUCGUGUUACCAUGUAGGCAUUGGUUUCACGAGCAAUGCGUCACCUUAUGGCUGAAACAGCACAAUACCUGUCCUAUCUGUCGAGCAGCUAUCGAUGGUGAGGCUGCUGGUCGUCCCAACGAGGCUGUCCCGCCUACACAGCCUGGUCCAUCCGGCAUUCCAUCUCAUUACAGAAGAUCUGCACCGACACCCCCGGGUCGUGUGCGAUCCGACCUGAGUACUUUUUCUAGCCGGCAGCAAUCAGCUCGACGAGACUCGAACUCCCCUCCCACGUAUUCGGGAUCAUCGCAACCUAAUAGAGCUAGAAGCCCUUCUCCUAGUCGUCGUUCAGCGCAGAGUGACAGAGCCCGUGAUGCUAGAGGCUCUUCUGGCGGUCCCUUUAACUGGAUUAGAGACCAAUUUCGAGGAGACAGACGUUGAUGAGUGUGAUUCUUACCCUGGUUUACCUAGCCCGAUCGACCUAUACUAUGCCUACGUAGCCAUACUAAAAGUCGGCGGCAUAUCAAGUGACAGAACACAUAUUUGACGGAAACCUUCAGGUCAACGGAAUCAUAAUGUCAUGGUUCUGUUACGCACAUAAUCACCCUCUUUACUUACGGUAUUGGCGUGUCUGACGGAUUGGUUAUGGAUUUAUGGUGAACCAUGAUCUUAUAUCACGGCACUACCUCCAUUCAACCUAUGAUCUUUUAACUAGGCAUACCUCACCGCCUGACAUUAAACGGAUAGUUAAAGCGUAUUUGGAAGUUGUGAGAUGAAUACAACGGGCAGGGGGAGAAAACGACAUGAGCUUGUCCACACAGCUCAAGGUAUUGAAAAUGGAGUUGAGGAAAUUCGCGGUUGAUAGAUCUCCAUGUCCUGAUGAAUAUGAACUCUUACGAUGGAUUGACGAAUGUUCGCUCUGGACUUUUGGUAGUAUACCGUGAAAUAGCCAUGUAGUCUCACAGCCCUGAAUGACUACUUACCUAAGCAUUAGUUUGA